AUGAGGGGCCGGAGGGGUGACCGUAUGACCAUCAACAUCCAGGAGCACAUGGCCAUCAACGUGUGCCCCGGCCCCAUUCGACCCAUCAGGCAGAUCUCUGACUACUUUCCUCGGUUAGGGCCUGAGGGUGGAGGGAGUGGAGCAGACCCCCAAGCCCAGCUCUCCCCAGGGGCAGGGGCUGCAGCUACACCCAGUCUGCCCACCCUGACUCUGUCCCCUGGGGCUGGUAUUCGAGGGGCUGGAGCCUCUGAGGAGGGGGCUGAAGUGGACAGCUAUGACUCAGAUGACACCACUGCCCUGGGCACACUGGAGUUUGACCUUCUCUAUGACCAGGCAUCUUGUACUCUCCAUUGCAGCAUUCUCAGGGCUAAGGGCCUCAAGCCUAUGGACUUCAAUGGCCUGGCUGAUCCCUAUGUCAAACUACACCUCCUGCCGGGAGCUUGCAAGGCCAACAAGCUGAAGACCAAGACUCAGAGGAACACACUGAACCCCGUGUGGAAUGAAGACUUAAUGUAUCGGGGCAUUACUGAUGAGGACAUCACUCGGAAGGUGCUCAGGAUCUCUGUUUGUGAUGAGGACAAGCUGAGCCACAAUGAGUUCAUCGGGGAGACCAGGGUACCACUGCGGCGUCUCAAACCUUCCCAGAAGAAGCACUUUAACAUAUGUCUGGAACGACAGGUCCCGUUGGCAUCACCUUCCUCUAUGACUGCUGCCCUGAGAGGCAUUUCCUGUUAUCUGAAAGAGUUGGAGCGAGCAGAACAGGGCCAGGGACUGCUGGAAGAACGGGGCCGAAUCCUGCUCAGUCUUACCUACAAAUCUCAGCGUCGGGGGCUGCUUGUGGGUAUUGUUCGAUGUGCUCAUCUGGCAGCCAUGGAUGUCAAUGGCUAUUCAGAUCCCUACGUCAAGACGUACCUGAGGCCAGAUGUUGAGAAGAAAUCAAAGCACAAAACAUCAGUGAAGAAGAAAACUCUGAAUCCUGAAUUUAAUGAGGAAUUCUUCUAUGAGAUGGAGCUCCCUGCUCUGGCUGCGAAGACCCUAGAGGUCACCGUCUGGGACUAUGACAUUGGCAAAUCUAAUGACUUCAUUGGUGGGGUGUCCUUAGGUCCCAAUUCACGGGGAGAGGCCCUGAAACACUGGGGGGACUGUCUUCGAAGACCAGAUGUGACCUUGGAACGUUGGCAUACCCUAACCAGUGAAUUACCCCCUGCUGCUGCCUCCUUCUCUACCUAA